CCCGGACAUCCCCUCCAAACCCCCCUUGGUUCCCCCUACAAGCUCCCGAACUCGAGCUCGAGGUUCGUAUCGAGCUGCAUACGUCAGGUUGCUCAGUCUUUAUUCUAAACUCGUCCACUUCACGACGACUGUGCUCAUUCAUCUUCCAUUCCCUAGUCCCGCAACCGUCCACCACCGAUACUUAUUCCUCCUCUUUCCCCCUCCUCCCCACCCUUGAAUCCUGCCUAAGCAGUGGACAGAAAGCGUCGAAAGCACACAACCAUACCAAAUAAAAAUAAAAUAAUAAAGGAAGAAAAAAGAAUUUACCAAUAAAAACCAUGUCCUCCCAGCCGCCAUCCUCCCCGCUCCGCGCUCUCCAGGCGUCAACCGUCUUCGUCAACACGGCGCUCGCCGGCCUGAACCUGGGCCUCUCCGUCCUGGUCGUGCCCCGCCUGCUCGAGUCGCCGACGCCGCUGAUGCUGCGCCAGUGGUCCGGCAUGUUCCGGCGGGCGAGCCGCCUCCUCCCGCUGCCGACGAUCCUGUGCGCGCUGAGCUACUGGUACGUCGCCUACGCCACCGCCGCCGCCGCCGCCCGCGGGCGGAUCUCGGCGGGGGGCGACAGGUCGAGGCUGCUAGCCGUCGCCGGCGCGCUGUGCUUCUCCGUCCUGCCGUGGACCAAGGUGUUUUUGGUCGAGAUCAACAGGAAGCUGUUCGCCAAGGUCAAGGAGACGGAGGGCAUGGGCCUCGUGGCCGUCGGGCUGACGCAGGAGGAGGAGGAGGGGGCCAAGUAUCUGGUCGACCAGUGGGGUCUGUAUAACCUCGGGAGGAGCGUUGCCACGGGUCUCGGCGGUGCCGUUGGGCUGUACGCGACCGUCUUUUGAUCUUGGCUCUUUUGGAUCGUUUAUCUAUUUGGUCUGUCUGUAUGUCUGUGUGUGUCUGUCUGUCUGUAUGUUUGUCUGGUGGCCUGGCUAUUGAACGCCU